AUGAACGACGACAUCAAGAAGGGUGGCGGCGACCACUAUGACGCCGAGAAGUCGCCGAUUGAGACUUUCCAGAGUCAACAUCCUCCUAUGGACCCGGAGCGUCGCAAGGUUGUCGAGAAGUCGAUGAAGCGGAAACUCGACGCAAGAUGUUCGCUGUUCAUCUUGAUCUAUAUCAUGAAUUACCUCGAUCGCAACAACAUGGCAGCCGCCAGGCUGAAGGGACUGCAAGAGGAUCUGAAGCUUAGCGAUACACAAUACGCCACAUGCUUGAGUAUUCUCUAUGUGGGAUACAUUCUGAUGCAGGUACGAUUUUUGAACUGUUCGAACGUUUUACAGCGAUCUAACUUGUUACUANNGGUUCCUUCGAACAUCAUCAUCAACCGUAUCACCAAGCCGAGUUGGUAUAUUGGCGCAGCCAUGCUUCUUUGGGGGUUGAUCUCAACACUAUCCGGAGUCGCUCAAAGCUUCGGUGGCAUGGUUGCCAUUCGAUUCUGCCUAGGAUUCGUUGAGGCGGCUUUCCUGCCCGGUGCCCUCCUCAUCCUCUCGAAAUGGUACACUCGCAGCGAGUUGACCAAGCGAAACGCCCUUCUUUUCUGCGGAAACCUCAUUUCGAACGCUUUCUCCGCACUCGUCGGUGCCGGUGUCUUGUCGAACAUGCAAGGCGUUCUAGGUCAUGCAGCAUGGCGCUGGCUGUUCUGGAUUGAAGGAGGAGUCACCAUGGGUGUUGCCAUCGCCGCUGCUCUUGUAUUGCCGGAUCUGCCCCACAACUCGAAAGGCUUCACCGAGGAAGAGUUGCAGGUCGCCCAGCUUCGCAUGAUCGAGGAUGUUGGUGAAGUCGACGAGGACAGCUCCGAAGAUGGUGUGUUCGAUGGUCUCUUCAUGGCCCUCAAGGACCCCAAGAUCUACGUCCUCAUGUUCACUCUUACCGCCUACGUCGUUGGUCUCAGUUUCAACGCCUUCUUCCCCUCGCUCACAAAGACUCUUGGAUUCGGCUACGUUCCUACUCUGCUCAUGAGUGCUCCCCCAUGGGCAUUUGCCUGUAUUGUUUCUCUGAUCAACGCCUGGCAUGCCGAUCGAACUCAAGAGAAGUUCUGGCACAUUGUUGGACCCAUCUGUCUUGGACUCAUCGGCUUCAUCAUCAACAUGUCUACGUUGAAUACCGCAGGCCGUUAUGUCGCUCUGUUCCUGCAGGCAAGUUCCUAUGCAGGUUUCAUCGUCUUCUACUCGUGGAUCUCGUCGAGUUUCCCACGCCCACCUGCCAAGCGAGCCGUCGCAAUCGCUCUGGUCAAUGCAUUCAGUCAGCUUGGAAACAUCGCCGGCUCAUACGUGUGGGACCUCAAGGCAAACGGAUACCGUAAAUCGUAUGGUAUUGUGACAGCAAUGUUUGGUGUAACGAUUGCCGGCUGCGUCGUCAUGAAGAUGAUUCUGGUCAAGCUGAACAAGCAGCUCGAAGCCGGAGAAGCUGCUGCUUGGGCCACCAAACCUGAUGUCGCUGAGCACACUGCUGAAAAAGAGUACUUGGACAGUCCUGACGAAGCUCUGCGCAUGAAACAAGGAUUCAGAUAUCUGGUUUAA